UCCGACAGGACAAGCGGAUCCCUUUGAGGGAUUUUCCGUUUAUUUAAUAUCCCCUUCGAUUGCACUGAGAAAAAAUAUAUCUGAAAUAACACGGCAUCUGCCAUGUCCGAGACAUACGAUUUCCUGUUCAAGUUCCUAGUUAUUGGGAAUGCUGGAACUGGAAAGUCAUGUCUGCUUCAUCAGUUCAUAGAGAAAAAAUUUAAAGACGACUCAAAUCAUACGAUUGGUGUAGAGUUUGGCUCAAAGAUCAUCAACGUUGUUAACAAGUUUGUCAAACUCCAGAUUUGGGAUACUGCAGGACAGGAACGAUUCAGAUCUGUAACACGCAGCUAUUACAGAGGUGCUGCAGGUGCCCUUCUUGUAUAUGACAUCACCAGUCGGGAAACAUACAAUGCUCUGACCAACUGGCUGACAGAUGCCAGGAUGUUAGCCAGCCAGAACAUUGUCAUAAUACUGUGUGGCAAUAAGAAGGACUUGGAUGCUGAUCGUGAGGUCACCUUUCUGGAGGCAUCCCGCUUUGCUCAAGAGAAUGAGCUUAUGUUCCUGGAGACCAGUGCUUUAACAGGGGAGAAUGUUGAAGAGGCCUUUGUCCAGUGUGCCCGCAAAAUCCUCAAUAAAAUAGAGUCAGGUGAGCUGGAUCCAGAGCGGAUGGGUUCGGGGAUUCAGUACGGUGAUGCGGCCCUGAGGCAGCUGCGUUCCCCCAGGCGAGCUCAAGCUGAGAGCGUGCAAGAGUGCGGCUGUUAGCACCAGCACCAGUAGAGCUGAACAGCCAGGAUGUUUGUAGCAACUCAACAGCAUCUGUACUGUAUUUGGCAUGUUCCAGGAAGGAGGAGCCCUGUUUAAUAUGGUGGGCUAUUUUGGUCAUUAACGCCCCAUGAGCUUUGCUUAAGUUAGCCUCUGCAUGCCCGAGUGACGAUGAUGCAGCAAACUGAACCACGCUAAGCAUAUCCUCCUCCCCAGCUCCCAUGCUCACGCACAAACAUGGAAACACAUACAGGUCCUCUCCCAUUUUCCCUACUAGUGAAAGAAUACGUGCACAAACUGUCGCUUCCACCCUAAGAACUUAUCAGUGGGAUAGUGUGUGUGCACACUCGCUGCCAUUAACACACACCAAACAGUGCAGAGCAGUAGUUAUAUUUAACUCCAGACUCUCUGUGUCCUUCCCAAACCCUUAGCAUGGCCAGUUUCUAAGGUGCCUUAUUUGGAAACUUUGGAAUGCUAACCAGAAAUAGAGAUCCAAGGUGGAUCCAAGGUAUCUCUGGAAGGAGACAGCUAAUUAACAAACAGCUGCUCAUUUAAGACGCACUGCACAGAGUUGGAUUAGUUUUGUCUUAGGUCAGAGAUAGUAAUAAUAUGAAUUGUUAUUGCAAAAUAUUUCUUUUUCAAAACGAACCAUUACAAGUUCUAAAAUUGUAGGGUAAAGUAGACUUUGAAUGACAUGUAGAGUGAUGGGCAACACUCUUAAAAGGUGGAAAUAUUUAACUAAUGGAACAGUUUACAGGUGUUGAUAUUGAGUAGAUUUAGCUUUCUAGGACCAUAAUCUCCAAUUUAAAUUCUCCUUCCCUAACCCAAAAGAGGGAACUUGAUUAAAUUUUUGUCCUCAACAACAGUCAGCUCAGCAACAAACCUUAUUCAACAGAAUAUUGGAUAACACGGGUAUUGGAUAUUAAAUGUUACAUCUCUGUAUAGUGUACUUAUGCAGAUCCAAGAAGCCUGUGGUUGUGAUCCAGAAGCAGUCUCACUAUACCAUUGGCAAAGCUUUUACCUCAGCAGUGUAGAUGUAUUUAGUACCAUUGCUUGUAAAGGGUGUGCAGUAAGUGUGUGUAUAUGUCCUUUUAAUUAUUCUACUAGUUCAUCAGUCACUGUAGUUUGUUUG